GAACACAGCCGGGAGGGGACUAGGGAGUGAUGAUACUGACUUUCUUUACUACAUACGGUUGAAAGUUUUCGACCUAAAACUUAAGACAAUGAGCGCAAUGAGGAAUUUCGAAGUUGUGAUCACUUUAUUGCUUUUACUGGUAUCGUUUACUGUCGCCGAUGACGAUUGCGAAGAUGGCUGUCGCAAAGUAGACCUGUCAAAGCUGUGGUAUGUUUGGUUGAUACUUAUAUUCAUAUGCGCCUUGCUCGGUUGCGGAUUCAUCGGGAGCUGCGUCAAGAUAUGCUGUAGAUCAAAUAAGCCACAUGUUCCGACCUUCGAGGCCCAUCCCUUCGAAGUCACUGUCAUUGCCAUGGACAACCAAAGCACGAUACACAGCAUAAGCACAAUCUCCUCCUUCACUGUCUCGCACCCCCCUCAAAGUGGGCACUCCUUCGCCGGGCUGGUGAACGGCAGCUCCGCCCCUCCCCCCUACAACCUCUACGCCCUGGAGAGCCCACCGCUGUACGACGAGGCCCUGGCCAUGCCCGCCAACACAGGGUACCCCUCCCUGGGCUUCGGCAGAGAGUGUCACCUGCACCCCAGCACCACCGGGGAGGAGGUGACAUGGGUCACCGAGGAGCACCCAGAGCAGGACGACCGUCUCGGGGAUGCCCCCGACAUCACCGCGACGUACGAGGAGGAGCCGCCGGCGUACCAGCUGUACGGCACCAUAGAGGAAGAAGAGCUCAGCGAGGUGGAGCUGGAGGAACCAGACCCCACGCAGAGCGACGCCCCUGACGCCAAGAGCCCCGGGGAGAACCCGUGAACGAGGACGCGGUUUGUGGCGCGUAGAGGCACGGCCGAACCCGGGACAGGCGCUGCCCUGGAAGCACAGCUGGCCGCACGUGCUUCGUAAGAGCGGAGGAGGGAGAGGGGACCAGACCCAGACGGAAAGGCAAACACACGCGCGCUCGCGCAAUCUCAGCCUGGGUGUGUCCGCCAGCGAGAACCAACGUCCUUCAUUAACCCUGAGUUUCAACACAGGCUGGUAGUUCUGGCUCUGAUAAGACACUGUGUAGCUGUUUACAGUCAUGGUGGCUUGAGACUCCCGUGACCAAGGUUGUGCUUGGGUAAAAAACAGAGGAAGGGGAGAGGGCCUCCCGCUCCGUGCAUGCGAAACCCACAUGCUCACAUUCAGAGCAGGGGGGCCUUUAUGCACCCUCUGCCCUCUUUUGUCGGUCAAGUCCAACAAGGGACGAAUCUCAGAAGCCAUUCGCUGGGGGGGAGGUUUUCAUGAGUCACCUGUGUUUCAAUCUCCUGUUGCUCUUGUUCCUUUUACAGAUAGUAUUUAUGGGUGUUGCUCAUUAAUGUAAAAGUACUGAAAACCCCCCAUCCUUAUCAAAUUAAGGUUUGGUUUAAUGUGCUUAUCUGCAAUAAUCUCCAGAACCUAUUGUUGCGUUUUGCAGGACAAAGAUAUGUGAAUAUGUAUCAGUAUGUACACAGGUAUUGCUAGAGAAAAGAUGUGGCUGGCAUAGGUUUGCGAUUUAAAAGCAAUAUGAUCAUGUGUGCAAUCGUUGCCAAUGAUGAACCAAUGUUGUCUGCUGACUGAAUUUCAUAUUGUAUACAUUUGUGCCCAGAUGCCAUCAUCUGUAUGUAUUGUGUUAUACUGUAUUUCAAGUCUCAAGUGUAUCUCACCAUGUCGUUUCUUAAUUUUAUGUUUUGGACUGUCAGUAUUGUCAAAAUAAUUAUUAUAGUUUCUGCUGGUUUACAGAACUUUAAUACAUUUUUCUACAUGAUCUUUUGUACCAAUACCAGCUCUGAUGUGCCCAUAUAAAAUGAUAAAAAUGUUUUUAAAAUGAUGAGCAAUGAAGGAUUAAAUUAUUUGGAUUAAAUUAUUUAU